GCUGCGGCCCCCGUGUAGUAGCGGGGGCGGCGGCCGGGGGCAGCGCGGCUCCUUCCCUUGUUGUGUGUGUCGGUGCCUCCUCGCCAUCUUGUUGCAAAGCCUUUUCUUGUCGGCGGGACUCCCGGGGGCCGCGGGGAGGGAGGCAUCAGAAGGAGGAAGAGAGGGAGGGGAAGGAGGGAGGCAGUGCCACCUUUUUUUUUUUUUGCAUCAAUUUCUUUUUAAUUUGCAAAUAAUAUUUUGCAAAUAUUUUGGGAAACAUUGAUUUUUCUGCCGGCGCUCCCCCGUUCUUCCUUGCGGAGUGCGCCGCGCCGCCCAGCCCUGUCGCCCCCCCGGAGGUGAUCCCUCCCUCCUGCCUGCCCGCCAGCCUGACCUGUGCCGGGCUCGCGGGCCGCAGUCUCGGCCCCGGCGCGCCCCCAGCAGCUCUCGGCGCAAUGAGCAUAGAGACGCUCCUGGAGGCGGCCCGCUUCCUGGAAUGGCAAGCGCAGCAACAACAGAGAGCACGUGAGGAGCAGGAGCGGCUUCACUUGGAGCGGGAACGGGAGCAGGAGCAGAAGAAGGCCAGCAGCCUAGCCAGACUGGCCCAUGCCCUGCCUGUGGAGGAACCCUGCAUGGAGGCGCCACCUCUGCCUCUGUCCCCACCGGCACCCCCGCCGGCACCCCCACCACCACUUGCCACCCACACCCCACUUACCGUCAUUCCUAUUCCAGUAAUGACCAACUCCCCUCAGCCUCUGCCCCCGCCACUGGCCCCCACACCCCAGCCUCUGCCCCUGGCACCUCGCCAGCCCGCCCUGGUUAGCACUCCUGGACUUGGCAUUAAGGAGUCUGCCCCCUUGCCUACCAGGCCACAGGUGCCCACCCCUACUCCCCUACUGCCAGACUCCAAGACCACCAUUCCACCCACUGGCAGCCCCAAGCCUCUUCAGCCCCUCCCCACGCCCAUCCUGACCAUAGCACCACACCCUGGAGUCCAGCCCCAGUUGGCCCCCCAGCAGCCACCCCCACCCACUCUUGGGACCCUAAAGUUGGCACCAGCUGAAGAAAUCAAAUCCAGCGAACAGAAGAAGAGGCCUGGGGGGAUCGGAACCAGAGAAGUCCACAACAAAUUGGAGAAGAACAGGAGGGCCCAUCUGAAGGAAUGCUUUGAGACCCUGAAACGCAACAUCCCUAAUGUGGACGACAAGAAGACAUCGAAUCUGAGCGUGCUGCGGACGGCGCUGCGGUAUAUCCAGUCCCUGAAGAGGAAGGAGAAAGAAUAUGAGCAUGAGAUGGAGCGGCUGGCACGGGAGAAGAUUGCCACGCAGCAGCGGCUGGCAGAGCUCAAGCACGAGCUGAGCCAGUGGAUGGAUGUGCUGGAGAUCGACCGCGUGCUCCGGCAGACAGGCCAGCCUGAGGACGACCAGGCCUCCACCUCUACUGCCUCCGAGGGUGAGGACAACAUAGACGAGGAUAUGGAGGAGGACCAGGCUGGUCUGGGCCCACCUAAACUGAGCCAUCGCCCCCACCCGGAGCUGCUGAAGCCACCACCCAGCACUGCCCCUGCACCUCUGCCUGCCCACCCACACCCCCCUUCCCAGCCUGUGGCCCUGUCUCCUGCCCACCUGCCCGGGCAGCAGCCGCCGCCACAGCAGAAGACACCACUGCCGGCACCUCCUCCCCCACCAGCUGCCCCUGCCCAAACGCUGGUUCCUGCUCAAGCCCAUCUGGUGGCCACGGCUGGCGGAGGCUCCACGGUCAUCGCCCACACAGCCACCACCCAUGCCUCAGUCAUCCAGACUGUGAACCAUGUUCUGCAGGGGCCAGGCGGGAAGCACAUUGCCCACAUUGCCCCCUCAGCCCCCAGCCCUGCUGUGCAGCUGGCACCUGCCACACCCCCCAUUGGCCACAUCACAGUGCACCCUGCCACCCUCAACCAUGUGGCCCAUCUCGGCUCCCAGCUGCCCCUGUACCCACAGCCUGUGGCAGUGAGCCAACCUGUGGCAGUGAGCCACAUUGCCCACACCCUCUCGCACCAGCAAGUGAAUGGCACAGCUGGGCUGGGGCCCCCAGCCACAGUCAUGGCAAAGCCAGCCGUAGGGGCUCAGGUGGUGCAUCAUCCCCAGCUGGUGGGCCAGACAGUGCUGAACCCUGUGACCAUGGUCACCAUGCCCUCCUUCCCUGUCAGCACACUCAAGCUGGCUUGAGGAUGUGGCCACUCAGAGGCCCCCCAUUGGGGGCAGGGAGGGGGACCUAGCCCCGACUCUCCCACCCACCAGCUCCACACAUUCCAGCCAGGCCCAGGCCUACCCCACCCAUACACACCCCCAGGCCUCCUAGGGGAAGGGGGUGCAGAGACUCUGAGCCAGGGGAGGGAGAGGCCAGCCCUGGGAGCUGGGCAGAGGGCCGAGGGUCACCCCACUGCACUAGGACUUGAUAAAGUGAUGAAUGACACCCUGGUGAAUGUGCCACCCAUCCUGGUGCCAGCUCCAGUGCUGUUCCUGCCUCCCCACCCAUCCCCUGAAACCAGUGCGAUGUGGACGUUGUGUUCUCUGGCUCCCCCACCCUGUCUCCUGCUGCUGCUAUUGCUCUGCCUGGUGAGGUGAAUGCGUGCCCCAGCCCUCCUGUCCCAAGCUCCAGCCUUCUCUUCCCAGGCCUUUGGAGGGUAAAGAGGAUAAGCAAAACCGAAGCAACUUGGCCCAGAAAACUGGGGACUGUGGGAGGCCCUGCCCUGAGUACAGGUGACAGGUCCUGGGAAGCAGCUGGUCUGGAAUUCCACCCAGAUCUGUGGGCACCCCAGCCCAGGACUCUCCAACCCAGUGGCAGUCACUGUGAUUUGUUAAACAGAAGCUAGUGAAAAUGAUUCUCCCAACAACCAACCAAACCCAAGCUGUUGCCAAGUUCCUUGAGCUCCCCCAACCCUUGCCAUUGGCCCUGGGAGGGAAGGAGGGAAGGUGGAUGGUGGGGUGAGGAAGGAAGGGCUUGGCUACCUUCCCCACCAUUGGUCCCAGGGGAGCUCCUCUGGACCCCGGUUCCUACCCCAGGCGUAGCUGUUGGCUUCCAGAAGGAAGGUGCUGCCUGGCCUUGGCUGCCCUGGCUCCCUGGGCUCUGCUCAGUGCUGUGCACUUCCCUGAGGUCUGGGUGGGCCUGGGUGCUUCCUGCAGCCUCCAAGACAUGGACCUGCCUCUGGUCUGGGUCCCAGAGCCUGAAGCUACACAGAAGGUUAAAAUCCAGGGGCUCAGCCAAAGCCCCGAAUCCCUUCCCAAACGCCCUGGGGACCUACAGGGAAGGGAGCAGGCCCAGACUCGAGGACAGCUGCUGCUUCUACCCCAACUUCUCAUCUCUGGUCUCUUCCCAACCUCUCUUUCCGCUAAACAUCCCCUUCUCCAGGGACUGUUCUGAGUGUACCCUCCCUGGUGGGGGCUGCUGUGUGCCACCACCUUCCUGAGGAAAGGUCCUUGGUUGGGCUAAGGGCAGGGCCGAGCUGGGGUGGGGUGGCGUGAGGGGGCCUGGGUUUAGGGGAUGCUCGUUUCCCUGCCUCUGCCUUGGCAGACUGCUUUGGCUUCUCUUUUUAUGUGGGUAUUUAUUACAAGUGGCCUUGUGUCCAAUACUCAGUUAUACACACGUGCACACUCGGCUCCCCACCUGGACACACACCAAUGGCCUUUCAGUGUGGGGCAGGAAGCGAGUGUCUCUAGGUGUGAAGCUUGCAUUGGCAGGCGGGUCAGGGCAGUGCCCUUUGGGACACUGAGGAGGCCAGCAACAGUCUUGAAUGAAUUUAGACACCUAAGAACCUUUCAGUUCCUUCCUGGUCUAGGAGACCAAAGGCCUAUUGCCUCCUUAGAGGCCUCCAGGAGUAAGCCCCAUACCCACCCCAACACAGUGCCCCCACUUAACAAGCUUGCUGCCUUCCUGCUCCUGUAGCCACCUGCUACCCAUGUUCUGGGGUCAGCGGGCAGGAUCACUUUCCCCUGUGUGAUCACAAUGGAAAGAGCAGAGGAAUAGGGGCAGGUUUGGUGCCCAGGGAAGUCGGUGAAGUACGGUGGACCUGCCCCUCCUCUCGGCUCUGUUCACCUCCUGCAUUCUGAGGCCGGUUCAGAGUUAAAACUCAUGCCAGCCAACUGUCCCUUGGCCUGCAGAUACCUCACCUGCCCCCAGCAGUGGGGCCCCCGAAUCUAGUGCCGAAUGACUAUGUCCAGAUUGGUGACGGUGGGUGGUGUUGCUGUUUGUGUCGUUAGUGAAGCUGUGAUGCUGUGUGCCCUUGGGCAGCCACCGCCCAGCCCUUCCUGGGCACGCCCCUCUGAGUUGUCAGGACCACAUCUGUCCUCGUCCUGUGGGACCUCCUGCCCCUCCCCUCCCUAGCCCUUCCAGCCUAGAGGACAUGCAUGUGCACGCAUGCGUGCACACACACACACACAUCUUACCUCUCAUGCGUGUUUUACUUAUUGAUGUUCAGAGUGGCUCACUGGCUGGGAGUCUUUACCUCGAGGAGAGGGGAAGGUUGGUUCCUUGGGAGGCCAAAGAAGGGCAGGGAGUGCCUGGUGGGGAGUUGGGGGUCACCAUAACCUCUGCUCUCCAGGAAUAGUUAUCCAUCCCAGGUUCUCACCCCCGUCCCCCAAAGAGGUGACCCUUGUUUACAGUGAGAACUCGGUCACUGUGUCUCCGUUUCCUAAAAUAUAAACUGUAGCGACCCCAGACUGUAGAGAUUUUUAUGUGUUUGGAUACAUCUGCUGUGUGGGAAAAAAAUACAAAAACCCUAAUUUUGUACAUAUUGUAUUUUUACUAUUGAACUGUAUUCUAGUGGCUGUUCAUGCUUCAAGACUUUAGGUAUUGAGACAUGAAUACUAUCCAUGUAAUAAGCACUUGCCUGGAAUAAAAUAUAAAACUGAAAUAAACCUGCACUGAAACCUGA